AUGCACUCGGUGUUGUGGCACCACACAAAACCCUCCAAAACAAGGCUAACUACCAUGUCGAAGAUUGAAAACUUUCCUAUCCUCAAAAAUGACACCAUUUUGCGCGUCUGCAAGGGCUUGCCCGUACCCUACACUCCGGUAUGGAUAAUGCGCCAAGCCGGUCGCUACCUGCCCGAGUUCCAAGCUGUCAGGAAGGAUCAUGACUUCUUUGAGAUCUGUCGCAUUCCUGAACUAGUCUGCGAAGUCACCCUCCAACCUAUCCGCCGUUUUAGUCUUGACGCGGCCAUUAUAUUUUCCGAUAUUUUGGUCAUUCCACAGGCUCUAGGCAUGGAAGUGGUGAUGGAGCCAGGUGUUGGACCACAGCUAUCCACCCCAUUGAGCGACCCAAAGGAUUUGCUACGUCUAGACUGGUCGGUGGAUAUAAAAUCUCUUUUGCAUUACGUCUACGAGGCGGUGCGACUAACACGACAUAGACUGGAAGGUCGCGUGCCUCUUAUCGGUUUUGCGGGGGCACCCUGGACCCUCAUGACCUACAUGAUCGAGGGUGGGGGCUCCAAGACCUUUGCCAAGUCAAAACGAUGGCUCUAUGUUUACCCCGAGCCCAGUCAUCGUCUUCUUGGACUGCUGACUAGAGCUGUCACUGAUCAUCUGGUUCAACAGGUCCUAGCUGGCGCACAGGUUUUGCAGAUUUUUGAGUCGCAUGCAGGAGUCCUGUCACCGGACCUCUUCACUACCUUUGUACUGCCCUGUCUGCAACAAAUCUAUACAGGCGUACGCAGUUGUCUGCAAAAUCAGCACGACUUCUCUGCGGGCGAAUGUCCACCUAUUAUAAUGUUUGCAAUGGGUGGACACUAUGCCCUUAAGGAAAUUGCGUCUGCGGGCUUUGAGGUGGUCGGCUUGGACUGGACCAUCAAUCCGAGGUGGGCGCGGCAGACCAUUGGUCCACUGGUUACACUUCAGGCCGAAUUCGGGCGAGAUAAGAAAGCCCGUGCAAUUCAAUAUACAUUUAAAAAGAGUCAUUCUAUUUCGUAA